AUGAGUGCCUUCAGCUCUUGGGGACUUGCGCCCGACUUGAGCAUCAAACCGGAUCUCAGUGCACCUGGAGGUCAAAUAUAUUCAACGUUCCCAACAAACCGAGGCAGCUAUGCAACAUUAAGCAGCAGUGUUCCCUUUAACAUUUACAACACCACAGCGUUAGAUUCUGUCGCCCGGCAAGGUGGCGGGCUAAUCGAUGCAUAUCGCGCUCUGCGGAUAACUACCAAAGUAUCCCCGCAACAGUUGCAGCUCGGUGACCUGGCACAUGCCUCGCCCAACAAUGAAUACACAUUUACGAUCCAUAACAACGGUCGCAUGGCUGCCGACUAUACCAUUACCCACCGUGCAUCCGGAACAGCCCAAGGUUACAAGAAUAAGGAUCUUAUUGGUAGUCAAAUCCCAAUGAAAAAACCAGAUUUGCUUCUCGGUCAUCAAGUAGAAGCAAUCAUUGAAAGCAUAACACCUGAAAAGGUGACGGUCCCUAUUAAUGGAGCAAGCAACGUAACUGUUCGUAUUAAACCUCCAGAGAACUAUACCGUCAUGCCGCCAUCUAUCUAUUCUGGAUUUUUCGUGGUGACCAAGGACAACGAUCCGUACGAUAUUUUGCAUGUUCCAUACGCUGGUCUCACAUCCACAUUAGGCGAUCUUCCUGUGCUGUACAUUAACGAAACAAUGCCAGAGGUGCUUGUAAAUCGCGUAGUCGGACCGCUUUCACCUGCUUUAAUCAGGCUCCAGUUGAUCCAUCCCUCACCUUUAGUCCUAGUUACUGCGCUCGACGAAUUCGAUCGCCCCGUCGGCAUCAUCCCUGGCGGAUAUUGGUCUUUUGUGGGCCGACACGAUAUAGGCAAUAACAAUGAUGCGCUUAUGAUGACUUGGAAUGGUGAUAUUGCUGCUACCCCUGAGCAAGCCAUGGCUGUACAAAGCAAAUCAUCGUCCACCACAGUCGAUCUUGCAGUCAAUUAUCCAGCACUUUUCCGCGCAAUGGACCAUCAUGACAUUGAAACGGAACAGCAAGAAGAUCGUGACGGGAGCGAUGAUACGGCUAAUUUGGAGUACCAUUCUCAGUCGAUUAAGCUUCCAGGCAAGCCUUUGCCAAGAGGAGUGUACAAACUGAAAGUGAUGGUUUUGCAUGCUUUUGGUGAUUAUCAAAAUAUGGCAGACUAUGACACAUGGACUUCGCAAAGUAUAUAUGUAGCGUAGAGUAAUAAUAAGGACUCUGGCUAUCUGAUAAUAAAAUACCUCGUUG